AUGGAAAUUCAAAUCAUCUCCAGAGAAACAAUCAAACCUUCUUCUCCAACGCCACACCACCUAAGAACCCAUAAGCUUUCUCUACUCGAUCAGUUAGUCCCUCCUGUUAACAUUCCUGUUCUUCUUUUUUACUCGGCUACCGCUGAGAACCCAAGAAAAAGAUCUCUUCAACUCAAAGAGUCUCUCUCGAAAACAUUGGUCCACUUCUAUACAUUUGCGGGACGACUUAGUGAAAGCUUUUCUAUUGACUGUAAUGACAACGGUGCCACCUAUAUUGAAGCCCAGGUAGCCAUUGACAUGUCCGUUGUCCUUAAAGAAACAGAAAUCGAUCUUCUGCUACAGUUACUACCGUGUGAUCCACAUGAGAAUUUAGCUGAACCAAGUGCUCAGGUUGUGCUAUCUAUUCAGGUGAACUACUUUGCUUGUGGUGGCAUGGCAAUCUGCGUUUGUGUUCAUCAUGCGGUAGCUGAUGCCUCAGCAGUAGCAACCUUUCUUCAAAGCUGGGCAGCCGUUGCUUGUGGCGCCAAUCUUACUGACACCGAGACUUUCGAUUGCACUUCUCUCUUCCCCCGGCAAGAUUUAUCAGGCUUUUGGGAGGUCCUUGAAGAAAACAAAGAUCUGAUAAUCCGCGAAGACGUUGUUACAACGAGGUUCUUGUUUGAUAGGUCUAAGAUAGAUGUUUUGAGAGAUGAAAUUGGCAACGGAUCAUCUUUAUAUCGUCCAACACGUGUGGAGGCAGUGUCAGCGCUCAUUUGGAAUGCCAUGGUAGCCUCCAUUGCAGAAUAUGAUAAAACUAUUCCCAUUUACGUGGCAACUUCUGUGAAUCUACGAAAGAGAAUGAAUUUUCCAUUCCCACAAAAAUGUGUUGCAAAUGUCUCCCAAUUCAUAAUGACGGAAUUACCGAUCGAGAAGACGAAGAACCUUAGCAAUCUAGCUGGAAACUUACAUGAUUCCAUAACGAAGGUAGAUGAUGAAUACGUGAGAAAGCUUCAUGCAGGCGGUGCUUACCUUAACAUCAUGAAAGGUGCAAUCAAAGGAUUCGGAAAGAAUUGGAUUUUUAGUUUUAGCAGUUGGUGUCGGUUCCCAUUCUAUGAAACUGAUUUCGGAUGGGGAAAGCCCAUCUGGUUUGGAACUACUCUAAGGCUUAACAGGGUUGCCUUUUUCCUGGAUACUAAUGAUGGUGGGGGCAUAGAAGCAUGGAUCACAUUGACCCAAGAAGAAAUGGUCAAACUUGAAAAAGACACUGGCAUCCUUGAUUAUGCGACUUUUAAACCAAGCACAUAAGAUGAGAAUCCUUCACUCAUCGUUUCAGCUGGAUUACUUCAACAUAUUCCUCUCUCUUAAAGCUGCAUUGAAACUUAACAAAUUGUGAGCAGUCCACUCAGUCACAUGGUGUUCAGAAAGCUCUCAAAGUUUCAUUGUUACUUGUAAAAUAUUUUGUUUUUUGAUCUGUUGGGUGUGUUUGA